UUAUUUUUUACAUUCAUAAAAAAAACAUCAUAUUUGUAGAUAAUAAACAAGACACACUUGAAAUUAAAUAUUCAUAUUUGUAUGUAAAAUGUAUAAUAAUAUUUCACUUUCACAUGCUCAAUGUGCAUAGAGAAAUUAUCUCAAGGUACAGUAUUUACUCUAUCUAAUGAUUAUUUACAUCUUAUGCCAACAGAUAGCAACAACGGAGAAACACAAAGUGCUAGAAGAGCUGCAAAGAGUGAAUGGAGGCAAAAGGGAAAUAGUCAGCAAUCAUAGUAGUUUACAGGAUCAAACAUUGAUGAAAACUGCAAAUUAUUCCACUGUCCAGACUCCAGCAGUCCAACAAAAACACACACAAAAUUUGAUUGCCAAGAACCAGAGUAAAAAAACGGAAGCGAUGGCAAUAACAAAACGGUUAGUGUCUCUGGAGGGUCAGGCAGGGAAAGGUCAAAAUGUUACAUCAAGCACCACGAGCACAAGCUCACAUAAUGUCAAAGACCUGUCAUCCAAAGCAUCUCAUUCUGAGAGUGAGACAACUUCCCUACGAUUUUCCCCAAAGCUCCAAGGACUCAGAGGCAGCAUCAGUAUCAGGAAGUUGAUCAACACCAAGCUGUUGGAUAGAGAAACAUUACAGAAGUUAGAAACUGGCCUUGUCACAUUAGAAGAGGUCCAAGCAUCACUCGCUCAGUUCAUCGACAAACCCACUGCUAUUGCCGGAGUCUACUUGGAGUCUAGCAAGAAAAAGAUAUCCUUCUUGGAGGCUGCAGAUCAAGGCCUUUUAGCUAAGACGUAUGCUAUUGAGUAUAUGGAAGCACAGGCUGCAACUGGCUGUAUUAUCGAUCCUUCAACUGGACAAACCCUCUCGGUUCAAGCUGCUUUGGAGAUGGGCAUUGUUGGGUUAAAUUUGAAAGACAAACUCAUGGAUGCCGAAAAGGCAGCCACUGGCUAUGUCCACGGCACUAAAACACUGUCUGUAUAUCAGGCCAUGGAGGAAAGGAUUGUCGACAGGCACAAAGGGAAGAAGAUCAUUGAGGCCCAGAUAGCAACUGGAGGAUUAGUUCACCCAGUUCUUGGUGUUAGGGUGCCCGUUAAUGUGGCAGUUGAUCAGGGUCUCUUGAACAAAGCUACCCUACAGAAUCUCUAUGAUCCGGUCAGCAACCCCAAGGGCUUCCACAACCCUGAUUCAGGACAGAAGACAUACUACUGUGAACUGUUGAAAAAGUGUCUGUAUGACACAGAUGGUGGUGUCUAUCUCCUACCUUUUGGUGAGAAGAAUCUCUCCAGCUUUUCCUUUUCUAGUUCUCACAGAUUAUCAGUCAUCAACAGUGCUCUUGGUCUGGAAAGGUCCCCAUAUCAAGCCUUUAAGAGCAACCACAUAGAUAAGCGGACCUAUCUUUUUCUCUCUCAGCAGGACAGUGAGUGGCAAGAAAAGUCCACUGUCGAUGUCAACGGAAGCCAUUUACACAUCAUCACAGAUCUCAAAAGUGGACGGCAGCUUUGCAUCGAAACUGCCCUAGAUCUAAAGUUCCUUGAAAUUGCAGAACUGGUAAGCUAUCAGAGUGGCCUCAUCAGCAUCUACGAGCUGGCAGACCUUAUCCUUUCCAGGAUGGUCGUUGUUCAGGACGCUAACAGUCCGGUGGCUGGUCUGUGGGAUGUCACUCAGAAGAGGAGGGUGACCAUUCUGCAGGGACAUCAGCAGAACCUAAUCGAUAGACUCACUGCGCUGAGGCUGCUGGAGGCCCAAGCUUGCACCGGGGGAAUCUGUGAUCCUGCUUCUGGGGAGAAAGCCCCAGUCAACGAAGCUCUGCGUAGAGGUCUCUUGGACGAGACAUUUGCCCGCCAGCUUCAACAGUCCGAGCAAGCCUACUAUGGCAUCAUCCAUCCCCAGACAGCAAAGACCUUGAGUGUAGCUCAGGCUAUUCAGGAGAAUCUGUUCCCCAAAGACAUGGGCCUUCGAUGCCUGGAAUUCCAAGUCCUGACUGGUGGACUGAUCAACCCAGAGACCCAUGAUAGAAUCUCACUAGAUGAGGCUGUUCAGAGUAGCCUGGUUGACAAAGCCACUGCCUCAUUCCUGAAAGAUGAGAAGUCUCACCCUAAAAGCCUCACCUGCCCAAAGACGAAGAGGAAAAUGUCUUUCAUGGAUGCUCUGUUAAAGGGUGUCUAUGACGGUCACACUGGGCUCAGGCUACUGGAGGCAACAAAGGCUCUUAGUGUCGGGGCUAAGCCGUCUUUCCAAUAUAUUUGGAACUAUCACCACAUUUGAGUGAACAGUAUUUGACUUUCCAUGGUUUGUAAAUAGGGAAAACUGAAUAUUUGAUUGAUAAAGCAAAGUCUGACUCAAUAAAAUGUUCACUGAAAUGAAUCAAAUCUAGUAUUUCCUACCCUUAAAAUAAGAAUCAUUAAUUACAUGUUAAUUUUCUUUGACUUGGAGUAAUAUGAAUGUUAAUAUAAUUACCAAUAUGGAGUUGAUUAAGUCAGACAUGAAUAAUUGCUUUUAGCAUGAUGUGUAAUUGUUCAAUUUGAUAUGUGAAUAUGUUUAUGUUAUGUACCUGUCUUUUUCUUUUAGACAUAUUUCACAUCAAUGAAUAAACAAUGAAAUGCUUUUAGACAUAUUUCACGUCAAUGAAUAAACAAUGAAAUGCUUUUAGACAUAUUUCACGUCAAUGAAUAAACAGUGAAAUGCU